AUGGUCCGCGAUAGUGCCAAUGUCGGUGUGGGAGAGUUCACGGCCUACCCUCGAGGGAAGCACGAUUAUUGUCAGAGGCUCGGUAUACUAUCCUUCUUCGCAGUGGUGAUGAUCAUCUACCUUUACGUCGAUACUCGGAGGUUUCGGAUGCUGUCUAGGGAGGAGAAGCCUUUUAGAGGGGCUGCGCUCGCCCGAGCGGGUCCGGUGGGAGAAGCUACCCGUAUGAAUGCGGAGUUACGGCCUGUUGCUGUUGUGAAGGAGGAUGUGUAUGGGGAAGAGGAGGAAGCAGUGGUUUUGAAAACGAAGCUCACGAGGCUUGAAGACGAGUCCAACACGCAGUCACUGGCCGCUGAGACCUCUCCGAGUAAGGCGACGACUCUAGCGGUCCCAGUGGUGACCCAGACGCAGCGCCCGGUAAUAGUAUCUACGACGCCAGCACUGAUCGAGUUCGAACUGGUGCCGGUCACAAAUAGUGGUAGAGGGAAGGGCGGUGUUGAGGCUGGGUCUGAUGAUGUUAGACUUAAGACUGUUGUUAACACCGGAAUGGAGACGACCCCGACAACCUCUGGGACUAGCAAGGGGCAGCGGACUAGGGCUGAGGAUAUGGCAGAGAUCGUUAAGCGGUUGGAGAAGCUGGAGGCUGAGGUGGCGUCCAAAACACAGACUAGAAGGUGA